AUGGUGAAGUACUCGAGGGAGCCUGAUAAUCCAACCAAGUCCUGCAAGGCCAGAGGCUCGGAUCUAAGAGUUCAUUUCAAGAACACGAGAGAGACAGCCCAUGCCAUCCGGAAAAUGCAGUUGGGAAAGGCCAAAAGUUACUUGGAAGAUGUUUUGGCUCACAAGCAAGCCAUUCCCUUCCGCCGCUUUUGCCGUGGUGUUGGUCGUACUGCUCAGGCGAAGAACCGCCAGUCGAAUGGUCAAGGACGCUGGCCGGUUAAGUCUGCUAAUUUCAUUCUUGAUUUGCUCAAGAAUGCUGAGAGUAAUGCUGAAGUGAAAGGGCUGGAUGUGGAUUCACUUUAUGUCUCUCACAUCCAGGUCAACCAGGCUCAGAAACAGAGACGCCGCACAUAUCGUGCUCAUGGAAGAAUAAAUCCUUAUAUGUCAUCUCCCUGCCAUAUCGAGUUGGUUUUGUCAGAGAAAGAAGAGCCAGUGAAGAAAGAGCCUGAAACUCAAUUGGCUCCCAGGAAAUCAAGGAAAGGCCAAGCACUACACAGCGGUGCUUCUUCUUGA